AAUUGCCAUGCUUUUGAGACAGAAUAAUAGAAAUAGUAGGAGAGGAAAUCAUGUUGACUCACAGUGUAUCUGCUUCGACCUCACCACUCAAAAACCAAAAGUUUCUAAUAAUACUGCAGCUUUACCUUGUCCCUGUCUUUCUUCUGGUUUAUCAUUUCCUUUCUUCUCUUUUUUCUCUCCGUGGCAUUUACAUUGUUCACACUGAUGGAGUCUUGGAGCUAUUGUUCUGAAGGAAAAGGCCUUGUUUUCGGUGAUGAAAUGGAUUUGGAUGCUUUUUCCAGAAGCAGAAAAGCAAUGCUAUGUUGGGACCUCAAGCCCUCUUCCACUGAUACUGAAGUCGUUGAGGACAUGGAUUUCAUGGAUUUUUGUAUUGCUGAUAUGAACAGGAAGCCCUUUUAUGGUAACACCAGUAUGGGGAUUUUUGGAUCUGAGUUUGGUAAUGAUUCCACUACUAAAAGUGUAGUUUCCCCUUCUUGUAUUGUUUCCUCUAGCUCAUAUUUUGGUGAAGAGAAAUCUGGUUCCAAGAACAGUCAAGAAUCUUCACUCAUUGAUUUGAAGCUGGGGAGAUUGACUGAUCAUAAAGAUGCACAUGAUCGAAAACUCGCAAAGGAAACUUCCAUCGUUUCGAAGAAAGCUCGAACGACGAGCUCGCUUUCACAGGCUCCUUGUUGUCAAGUUUAUGGUUGCAACAAGGAUCUUAGCUCCUCAAAAGAUUACCACAAGAGGCAUAAAGUUUGUGAGGCUCACUCUAAGACGGCCAAAGUUAUUGUUAAUGGAAUUGAGCAGAGAUUUUGUCAACAGUGUAGCAGGUUUCAUUUACUUGCUGAAUUUGAUGACGGUAAGCGGAGUUGUCGUAAACGUCUAGCAGGGCAUAAUGAGCGGAGAAGGAAGCUUCAUUUCAAUACCUUCUCUGGAAAAUCACAUAAGCUGCUGCAUCCAUAUCAAGGUACCAAGUUUCUGGGGACGUCCAUAUCGAAACGAGCACCUUUCGUUAUCCCAAACACAUUUCAAGUAGAUUUUCUUCAUUCCGAAAGACAUGUGUACACUAAUCAAUGUCAGCAGGUUAAAUCUGAAGAGAAUCCAAUGCAUAGUUCACAGUUAGCAAUACCAAUCGCAAACGAGCAGUUGCUACCGUCAUCUUUCUUUCAUAUGCAUGGCAGUGGGAGACGACAUGUUUCUGGAACAUUUUCAUCAGCAACCGAAGCCUUCGAUGCUCCUAGUGCAGCAUCAACAGUUAAAGAGUUCUCUGGGGUUUCACGCUCAGACUGUGCUCUCUCUCUUCUGUCAGCUCAAUCCCAGGAUUCAUCGAGCCACGCAACAGGAAUUCAAAUGACUAUGCCCGAUCAAGCUGGCCAUGCUCUUCGUAGCUCCGAGAAAUCUGCAGGAAGUACCUUUUAUUCGUGUGGAAUGAACCCCAUGGGAAUAAGCCAUGCAGGCUCCAUUGCGGUCUCUCAUGCUGUUCAAACUGCUAAUUUCGACGUUGAUGUUCAAAACUCGGAUCUUUUGAGCACUAGGUAUUGCCUUUCCCCUGAAAACGGAACCACUGUUGAUUUGCUUCAACUUUCAACACAUCUCCAAAGAGUGGAGCAACAACGGAACUCCAUGCAAGUAAAGCUGGAAAACGACGACGACCUGUUUUAUUUCCUCAACACAUAAUUAGUACGAGAGGGAGAAAGGUUUACAGGAAGAGUUGCAAUGCAUUUCACAAAUAGGCUGUUAGACAUAUUCCAACGCCAUUGCUGGUGCAUCCUGUUCCCUGUCUUUAUACAACAACGCUAAAUUCCGGACAUUGUAACCGUACGUCGGUGCAAGUCCGGUAGUAAUAUGUUCUUUUACUAUAUAACUCUAGUUUCUCUACUAUUUGAGCUGGCUUAGUGAUCCCAACACUUUGGUUGCACUGAAAGGGCAAUGUUCAAAGGGACAAACUAAGAGUCAAAUUGGAAUAAAGGUCUCCCCUGCAAAAAAAAGUUCAGAAUUUGAA